GGAUUUAUUUGUUCCAGUUGAUUUUACAAUUAAAUGUAGUUUAUCCCUGUAUUGCAUUUAUUUAAGACCAGUCAUUUAAUUAUUGUCAAGUAUGGAUAAUGCUUCAUAAUGGUCUGGUUGGUAUUGAAAAUGUGGAGCAAGAAAAUUGAUUGUUGAAUAUGCGGGCAAUAAGAGCUUUUCACCCCUUUGCUUCGAGACUAAAUGGCACAGUCCACUACUGCAAAAUACACACACGAACCUUUGCUGAAGCAAAGGUCCAUGCCCAUCGGUCAAUAGUGUAGGUGGGUGGGAGACAACAGAUGGCCUGGCAACACCUUCUGUUUGGUACAAACCGCUGUACAAAUUGGAUUCAGAUUUACUGGAGAAUUUCAUGAACUGCAAGGAAAGACAGGUGCAGGGAUCCCGGAUGAACUGAAAACAAGAGCAAUGGAGGUGACAGUUACCAAAGAUGUGACAUGGGAGAGGAAGGUCUGCCACAAGGAGGGGGGCUCUCCAGGCUCCCACCCCUGAAAGGGGGUCUGUCCUCUGGGAUCGCACUCAACCCCCCUCAGUUCCUCCCUCCCAUCUCAGUCACAAGUUUAGAAGACUCAGGACCACUUCUCCUAAACCAGGCUUCCCUCCAACCCAAAUAUACCUUACACGUGGCAGACGCAAUGCGACCAGGAUCAUCCGAAUCAGAGCGGUCUUUGGCGACGCCGGUGUUUGCCGUAGAAGAUGUGGAACAAACAGCCGAAGUUCUGGGAAGUUGUUUCCGCUUGUUAGAUUCUUCUGGUCACAUUGGCCUGCAAAGACGUGAUCACGGCGUUUCAUUCAUACAUUGUCGCAAUGGGGCAACUGUUGCAAAGAAGUACUCUGAGCUGAGACAUUUAAUGGAAAGUAGGGCUCAUUUGCUUCUACUGAAAGACUGCGGACUGAGAGUAUCAUCUGCAACAACUUUUGUGCAGAGUAUCCAGCUCAUGGUGAAUGAGGAGCUGAAGGUUUGGCAGGAGAUCUCCCAGGCGAAGACUGAGGUGGAAGGCACAAGCUCCCGGUUGGAAAUCCUGGGCAGCAUCUGUGACGACUUGCGGUCUCACGUAUUACACUGGGACGACAUACAGAGAAGGAUGUACACAGAUAAAUGGCUGCGGGACUGUGUACUGCGACUGCAGGAAGAGCUGUCUCCUGUACGGGAAAUGUUGUUGCAAGUACGUGAUGAAGCCCUGUACUGGGUACAGAGACUCAUCAUGACGGGUCUGCACGUCUUUGCACACUGUGAGAUGGGAGAAGUGUCCAAGAAAGGCUUGUGGAGUAUGGCCCGUGGGAUUGAGGUUUACAACUCCCUUGUAUCUCAGGUCCAACAUUCCAGGCAUAGACCAAGAUACAGUGCAUCCUCCCAAUCUGACAACUCCUCACUCCUGCAUGUGUCAAGGUCUAAUUAUAUGUGCAAUAGUUACACAAGUGUAAAACCAAUUCCACUGCAGAGAAUCCUCCUCAUCCUCAGUCAUGAACACUCUAAAAAGGCAGCAAAGAUUGUGCAUGACUUUUUCGCUGGGAACCCUGAAUUCCAGUCCCUUGUAAGAACUCCUAACUUGCCAAAAUUUGACUGGCAAGGUUAUCCCAACGAUCAAAAUGGUCGUCAAAGUAGCAAUACUUCGGACUACCAUAGCGACACUGCAAGCCAAAUGAGUAGUACCACAAGCAUGAUGUUAAAGGUCGGUGACCUGAAAGCUCCUGAUCUUUCCAAAGAAGAUCCUCCUUUGAUUGAAUUCACAAAGGAGGAAGAAUACCUCAUUUCCGCAUUCUUAGAAGUCGUGUCAAAGUCCACAAACUUCUUACGACGUACUCCCAAGAAACCAGCAGCUCCGGAUGGUAAGGCAGUUGCAACGGAAGGGAACAUGAAAGCCAGAACUCUAACGUUUGGUGAGUACAAGUUUCCCACUCCUCAACAAAACCUUCACAAUGGCAAAUCAAUGGACAAACUAAAUGAGACUUGGUCCGGGGAGGACACAGAUGCAAGCUCUUCUACCAACGGCCAGCGCAGACGGAAGAGUGUGCACUGGGGAGACAGUGUGGACUCCAGCCUACGAGUUCACCUGCGUGGGAAGUACUUACAGAUGGUGUGGCAGAGCUUUGGUGCCAACCUGGCAGAGAUGGUGUCGGAGCCAGUGUGGAGAGGGAACCCUGCAGGAAUGGGGCCCAUUGUCCUGUACAACCCUACAGUAGCCAUGUUACUGCUGCACGUGGUUACACAGGUGUCUUCCAAAGACAUGCUCCCCACAGCAGCAGUAGCAGCACUGCAGCCUGUACUACAUAGCUUACACCACACAGCUGCCAUACAGGACUGGGAUACUGCAUUUUGUGCUGCGCUGUCUACAUCUGCCAAAGACAAGUGUGUGCCUGUACCCAUCGGUCCUGGGGACUUUGGCACACAGACAGUACAGCUGUGCCGGGAAGUGUGCUACCCCCUUCUGAGUGUCCUGCAAUCAGUGGAGAACAGCCUCCAGAAGGGCUAUCCCUCAGGACAAAAUGGUGUCAUCCCUCCCCUGGCAAACUACCAGACCCAGCUGUUGCUGUCCAUCCCGCCCACUCUGGCCCGGCUGGUGGCGACGCUGCAGUCUGCCUCACACUGGCUCAGCACCAGGACUAACCUGUACCUGUCGUCAUGGACACUGGACAAGUUCUUACUGCUGUCACAGAGAGAUCUCAAGGUGUUGACUGACACAGCAGUGAUGUCCCUGAAGCAGAGCAGACAGUUGUACAUCCUGGCAGAAUCAGGAGGUGCAAACUACCAGCUCAAAUUGAGGCUCAACCACAUGGUGCAGCAGCUCAACCACAUCAGUGCUGGUCUACAUUGCCUGUCCAGUGCAGCAAGUCAAGCCUUCUCACAAGACUGCACCAAGAUGACCACUAACUUCUGGCAGGAAUGUAUGCCAACAGGCAAGGUCUGGAGGAAGAAGAGCAGUCUGGAUCUUCCAGAGGAACCCAAUACUUAUGCUGAGCAGGCAGUGGAGACUGUGCUUUUCCCUGUCACAGAGGGGGUGAGCAAGCUGAAGACAACAGCCCAGAUCUCGGCUGUUUCAGUUGCUGUCAGUGCCAUGUUGGAGUCCUGGUUGAGCCACAUACUGAAGGAGAGGAUCAAGUUCAGUUACCAUGGUGCGCAUCAGCUACAGCUGGACUUCGGCUGUGUGAGAAACUUCAUCUCCUCAGAAUUCAGCAGCCUGUCUGCAGAUGCCCAGCAGAGCAUCCUCUCCCUGGAUGCCUUCAAACAUGUGGAGGGGGUGGUCACACUGCUGAAGAAACAGCCGUUUGGCAGGAAAGGGAAGAGCGAGACAGGGAGUGAUGGUGGCCUGAAACUCAGCCACACUCUGGAGUCAAACAUGUCUGAGUACAGCCACAGUACAGGCCCCGGGUCCAACCGCGGUAGCUUCAGCAGCGACAGUCCUAUCGCCAAUGGCAGCGACAGCGAUGUGGCCAUGGGCGGCAGUGAGGAGGAUUUGUACCGCCUGCCCAACCGCCAAGCAUGGCUGGCCCUCAGGGUGCAUGGUGGGGAGAGACAGUGGAAGCUGCCAUCCUUCCCUUGCAUGUCAGGACAGACGGAUGUGUUAUGACCUGAACUGGGCAAGUGUCAGCAAGACUUUGUCAGGCUGGAGCAACUCAUUCAUGUGUAUUGACUUAAAUUUGUCAAAAGAGUGAGCUUUGCCAGAGGGGGAAGAUCUCUCCCUUCUUAGAUUAUACUGCUGUGGCAAAGAUGAUUUCUUUGGUCAAUAUUCAUUGCAUCUCAUUGAUAUUUGGCAUGGUUGUUGUAGGCAAUUGACUGGUGGACCCUAAACUGUACAAAGCCAUGAAUGCCCACAUUGUGUUGGUCAUCAAGAUUUGCAGAUACAGGAUGUACAUGGGAUGGCCAAAGAAUUUUCUGGGGGGAGGGGCUGGAUUUCCAACAUGUUAUUAUAUAAUGUCUGUGAUGGAAGGAAUGUAAGUUAUAUAUAUACAAGGCACCAUCUUCUACAUGUAAGUCCAUUUUCUGCAGUGCAGAAUAAUAAUUGAAGUACAUGUAAGUAUAUUGAAACCAGGAUUUCCUAGCAUGUACAUGUAGUCAAACAUGAGUAGGGUUAGCUGUGUAUAACGAACUCAGCUACACCAUAGUACAUGUAUCAGUGCUGUGCCAUAGGUUUGACUCAACUUUGUUUUGGGAUGACAAGAUAAUCAGUGUGAAGUAUGAUGUACAUGUCAUGUGGCGUUACACUGCUUUGUAAUAAAAAUACUGUACAUGUAAUACUGUACAUGUAUUAUGUUUUAUGUAGAGUCAUAGACUGUUUUGUGAAUUAGAAGUAAACUUGUUUCUCCCUCCUAUGUCAUGUCAAGUUUUGUUUUGUGAAUAUACUUUGGGCAGCUACUGCAAUGUAUGAAUACAAUAAAAUGUAUAAAUUUUGAUAUGAACUAUGAUACAUAGUUUUAAAAGAGCCAGGUCUUGUACAGAGAUACAGAAAUCAUGUUGCCAUUGGUGAAGUGAUCGUUAUCUUUCAUGUUUGUGUUGAGGCUAAAAUAAGUUUACUACAUGUAGGUUAAUGUGAUGAUGUGCUCUUCAGGAAUACAUGUAGAUUGAAGUAAAAAGUGACUGCAGGUUUAAAGUUAUUGAAAGGACAUUAAUUGUGAUGAAUACAAAAAUGUAGAUUAAUCUAGAUAUUUUCGGUCUUUGAUGUGAAAGUUAUAUUUUCGUUUGUGUUGUGUGCGCUAUGUAAAAGUGAGAGGGUUUUAUGUGGAUUGAAUCUACCUCAGGACAUGUUUACCUGUGCAUAUAUUGUAGAAAGAAAUGUUGCGAUGUGUAAACAUCAGAGCUCUUUUUAUUGCAAAUCCUUAUGAAUAAAAAAAGAAUACAGGUCAGACACCAAAAUAAUGUCGACCACAUGCUGAUAUUCAGUCAUAACAUUCCUUAUUAUUCUUUCCUUCAGAAGUGACUAUUUGCCUCCACUCACGUCUAUGUGUAUUUAUGAACAUGUACCAGGAAUGUCCAGAGGAUUCCUGUACAAACUAACUAGUUACGCUAGCCUGGUAUCUAGCAGUAUUAUUGCUACUGAGUCUCUUCUGUCCUCUCUGCAAAUGUGGAGAGACAGAAGAGACUCGGAAGAUAUGAUACAGCUGGCUACCAGGCUAUAGUUUGGUUUUAGACUCAACAAAAGAGUACAAUACAAAAAGCAAUGAUAAUACAAUAAAGAUGGCGUAUAAGUAUGGGAAAAGCAUUCUGUGCUUUUUAACUUAUCUGAGGUUUAAGUUGGUAAUGGUAAAUGUCAUAUGAAUGAUUUCCAUUAGAGUACUUUGCUGUAGGUAAGUUCCUUAGGUGGAACCUGAUUGCAAUGUUAGGAAUGGGAUGUCAGCUUUCACUACUCGACAUGUGUCUGUAUAAUCAGAUGUAAAUAAGAGAUAGCUCACCAUAUGAAUUUUAGUAAUAUUGUUCUGAUGCUUUGGAUAUUUUAGAUUAUGCUGAAAGUUUUCUAUGUAUACAGUACAUGAGAGCUGUGUAGUAGUCCAUUUGGACUGUAUCUGUGGAAACAAAUUAAAAAUGUUCAUUAAAAAGA